GAAGGAUAGGUGAGGAUAUCUAUCUAACAUAAUCUUUUGGGCUGCUAUCUCUCUUUAACCACAGGGCUUGAUGCUCCGGAUUAGACUUGAACUUAGUCUUGACGCUGAAAAUACUCAAAAAAAUCUGGUUGGGCCACCUAACACCUUGAAACUAGAACUAUGAAGUCACUUGGGGCUUUUUUCUCGAACCUUUUCAGGUUCCGGAAAACCUCAUUGUCAUUUUUCGUUAUAGUAACCUUUUUGGCUACGAUAAUCUUACAAGAGGUAGCCGUAUCGCUAUCUUUGACGCCACCAAAGGAUGAACCGGCGAUUCUAGCAGAUGCAUGGAAACAUCUCCAGAUACUAUCGUCCACGAUGCAUCCAUUUACGUCUGCAGAAAAUGACGCCCUGCACGAUUAUUUAGGCUCAGUGAUCGACACUGUCACAGAGGGUGUGCCAUACAUGAAGACAUCAUAUGACAAAAAUGAAAACCAUACUAUCCUCAUCAACCAGCAUGACGUUUUCAAUAAAAGCAAUAAUGACUGUCGAGUAAUAUAUUACGAGUCCUCCAAUAUUCUCGUCAAAAUUGAAGGCUCGGAGCCCAAACUACCGGGCAUAUUAGUUUCGGCUCAUUACGAUUCGGUUCCAACAUCGUUUGGUACUACAGAUGAUGGGAUGGGUAUUGCAUCAAUGCUUGGAAUUUUGAAGCAUUUUGCUGAAUCAGAAUCACAACCUCUAAGAACUUUAAUUCUUAAUUUUAACAACAACGAAGAAUUCGGCCUUUUGGGCGCCGAAGCUUUUGCUCAGCACAAAUGGUUUCCAGAUGUCAGCUUUUUCAUCAAUUUGGAAGGCACAGGCGCUGGGGGACAGCCAAUUCUUUUCCGUGGCACUGAUAAAACUGUGAUCGAUUGGUAUCAUAGCGCUUCGACCCCCUAUGCAAACUCCAUUUUCCAAGAAGGAUUCAAUUCUGGUUUUAUAAGUUCUCAAACAGACUAUCAUGUUUAUGAAAGAUCAGGUCUACGUGGUAUUGAUAUUGCUUUUUAUCACCCUAGAUCAUUCUAUCAUACUUUCAAAGAUAGUGUGAAAUACACGUCCAAGGGCUCCUUGUGGAUGAUGAUGUCCAAUGUACUGGACAUUUUGCUCGAUGUCACCUAUUCGUCAGAGAGUUAUGACUCAGACCUAGAAUACUCAGUUUAUUUCGAUAUUUUGAACAUUUGGUUUUUUAACUUCAGCUUGAAUCUCAACUUUGUUGUCAAUGUUAUAUUAUUGGUAUUGGUGCCAUCUAUCAACAUCAUACUCCUCCUCAUUGUGUUCAAGAGAAAUACAUGGUUUAUAGGUUUAAAAGGUUGGUCACGUUUUCCAAUCACUUUGAUUGCAUGUUAUUACUCUACUUUGUUUGUUAGUAAACAGUUGUACAACCUGAACCCCUUGUUGAUAUCUGUCAAUUUUUAUUAUCCAUCAAUGUCCCUGUUCAGUAUUACCAUUUUGAUUGGAUACUUGAUACUAAAGGCUAGUGCGUACUUCCGGCCAGUACAUGACCAAAAACUUGUGGUAUUGCUAGAACUCAAUUUACUUUCAUGGCUCUCUUUGGUCUGGAUAACUUAUAAGAUCAAGGGGUACAAAAAUAUGGGUGGUUAUUUGUUGACGUUAUUUUAUGUGUUGACAUCACUAGCAUCAUUUUGGGGUUUGGUUGGAUUGAGUUUCCGCAAGUCACCAUGCUAUCAGCCUAACAAAACAGUGAUUGUCUACAAUUCAACGAAUCAAUCUCAGGAUGGAAAUGAUAGAAAUAGUAAUGACCAACCUGUGCAUCAUGAUAAUGGAUCUGAACCUGCUCCACAUAUCCACGAUAUUAACGGGGAAGGAUCUGAUACCGAACAAGGAGAUGAUAACGAGUCAACUCCAUUGAUGAAUGGUACCUCUGUGGUAAUUAAUCAUGAAACUCAGGACUCGUUCAUGCAUAAGGUGAAGCACAAUGCAAUUAACUCCUUGCAGUAUGAUUGGCUAAUCCAGUUUAUCACCUUGAUUCCUUUGUCCAUCUUUUUUAUCUACUCCGAUGGUAGGCUAGUCUUGGAGGCUUUACAUGAAACAGUGCAGGAAAAUAAGCUAUAUGAUGAUGCAAUUUGGAAACUUGUUGCACUUUUGUCCACAUCAUUGGCUGCGAUACUAAUGCCAUUCAUUCACAAAAUGAAUAUGAUAACUGUCCAACUGAUUCUAUUGUUGCUUGCGUACGGACUAUUUGAGUCGUAUUUCUCUCCGUCAUACAAUGAGUCAACGCCUUUAAAGUUACGUUUUGUUGAGAUGUUUGAUGUCAAUUCGAACAGCUGUCUUGCAAGUGUUUAUGGUAGGCAAGGUUUCAUUCCUCAAAUACUAAGUGAGGUUCCUUACCUUGACCCGAAAAAUGUUAGCUGCUCUAAGAAUGAAUGGGCGGGAACAGAGAUCUGUUCGUAUGAGGGAAACAGACCAUGGUUGGUGUCGGGUAAGUUGGAAGACAACCAGUAUGACCAAUACUUAAAUGUGACAGUCUUGUCGAAUACAAACACAUUCCGUGAUGUCUCAGACGAAGCAGCUGAUAAAUUCACGCCGGUUGAGAGUGUGUUAGAGGUUGAAGUGCGUGGAACACGUCAGUGUUACUUCACGUUCAACACUACAAGUACCAGCUUCAAAGCGCCUGUAAAAAUGAUCACAGUGUACCAAGAUGGUAACAGUCUGACUGAAGAGGAUAUUUGGUCAAACGCCAGUCUGGAUGUGGAUUCGGAAGAUAAGAAAGAGGCUGCCAUACCAAACGGCAUGAGUAGAGAUAGCAAAGGAAAUUGGAUAUACAAGGAAAUGAAGGGCAUUGACUUGUUACAGUUACACAAGCUACAGUGGGCUAAUGAAGGAUCUAACAAAAACAGGUUCACAGUCAAAUUUCAGUGGCUGCCGUUUCACUACGAUAGUGAUAUCGAGCUGAUAACCAAUUUGGGCGUCAACGUCCAGUGUCACUGGUCGGGCUUUGACGACGUUGUUAACGUCAACGGUGAGAACCACGACAAAGUGCAAGAAUACGUCGACUUAAUGACAUAUACGGAUGUUGGCGUCGCCUGGACCAACUUUCGUCCUGGUGUGGUACAAGGUAACGCGUACUUGGAGCUUUAAGCUGUAAUCUUGGAUUGUAUCUGUAUGCCAAUUUUUGUGCAUAAUGGGUGAAUUCACCGAUAUGUAACAGGUAGUAAACAAAUAAAAAAAAUAAGCGAUAUUACGUA